CCGGGGGCGGCUCGGCUAACCAACCUGUUUCAGCACUGGAAAAAAAUCUGUAAUUUUGCACCAUGAACCGGGCCUGGGCUGCGUUCAAGGCUCACCCAUACAUCAGUAACGUCUUUGGCUACACAGCUCUGUUUGCUUCAGCCGACCUCAUACAGCAGAACGUGCUGGGUGGGAAACAGGCAGCGUCGUCUGCACCAGGGGGCUCCACUGGCAUCGACUGGCGCCAGACAGCUCGUGUGGCUACCGUCGGCUUCUGUUUCCAUGCCAACUUUAACUAUCACUGGCUCAGAGGGCUGGAGAGGAUGCUGCCAGGAGGUGGAGUCAGGGCGGUGAUGGGAAAAGUUAUAGUGGAUCAGCUGAUUGCAGCUCCUCUCACCAUCAGUGCUUUUUACAUUGGUCUAAGUUUACUUGAAAACAAAGAUGACCCACUUGAAGACUGGAGACAGAAAUUCUUGACCUCUUACAAGACUGGAGUGGUGUACUGGUCAACAAUGCAGGCUGUGAACUUUGCAUUCGUACCCCCUGUGGCGAGGACAGUGUUCUUGGGUGGAAUCGCACUGACCUUCACCGUCUUCCUGUGUCACCUCAGGCAGCAGCGCAGCCACGAGCCUGAAGAAUAAUUAUAACAUGUCUCCGACCCAGCUGAUCUGUUCAAUUCAUGUCUAAUUUUGUGUUUUUACAAAUUUGAACUAAGACUGUGUCUGGCUCUAAUUCUGACGCUAGUGGUACUAUCCUCCUGCUUCAUAUUGGAAUUUUGAUGAUCCAUUUUAGGUCAAUUUUUCUGCUUGCACAAGAAAAAGAUUAAUUCUGUGUAACCAUAUCAUCUACUUUUUGAAUAAAAUCAAUCACAUUUUUA